GGGAAGGUGAUCAAUCUCCAUCCGUCUACAUUAGCAAUCACCUUAACAUAGUGAAAGACAGACACCAAUACAAGGCUAAGCAAAUUAGUUUGAUUUAUUUGGUUUUUAAAAACCCGGAAACCAUUCUCCGAUCGACCGCUACAGGGAAAGGAGAAGUCGUGUGCAGGGUGUGAAGUGAGAACUUGUAUAAGGUAUUGCUCUUCCCCGUAAUGCGCAGUUUAGUCCGUGUUUGUUUUUGACUUUUUGCCGACUUGAGUGUUUUGUCGUCGGGUUAACCGCCAGGCUUCCUCGGUGUUGGAGGAUAGGCAUAUUUCGUUCGCCUGGUCGCCUCUAACAGGCGACUAAAGGAGAGAGGUUUGGGGACAGGAAGGAAAAAGAAAGUGUCUUAUAUCGGGCCCCUCACCCGUCAAGCUGCAACAUCGGGGCAAAUCGAACUAUUGGCAAGAUCUGGGGGGACCCGUGACUGCCUCUAGCAUGAUGUCAUACCUAAAACAGCCUCCCUACGGCAUGAACGGCCUGGGGCUCAGUGGCGCCGCCAUGGACCUUUUGCAUCCGUCUGUGGGCUACCCAGCUACGCCUAGAAAACAACGUCGGGAGCGCACAACGUUCACGCGCUCACAGUUGGACGUCCUGGAGUCUCUUUUUGCUAAAACCAGGUAUCCGGAUAUUUUCAUGCGCGAAGAGGUCGCACUGAAAAUUAACCUUCCGGAAUCUAGAGUACAGGUGUGGUUCAAGAACAGGCGAGCAAAGUGUCGGCAGCAGGCGCAAAGUGGAAGCAGCAUCAAGGCCCGACCGGUCAAGAAGAAGUCGUCUCCAGCCAGGGAGAGUACCGGGUCCGAGAGCAGUGGUCAAUUCACCCCUCCUGCCGUCUCAAGCGCGGUCUCCUCCUCUUCCUCUUCCUCGUCUGCCAAUCAUGCAGGGGUGGCGGGUCUCAGCAACACCUCUACCUCCAUCAGCACUGUCUCUUCCAUCUGGAGUCCUGCCAUCUCCCCAGGCAACGCCCCGGUAACGCCCGUCUCCGCCCCGCCACUCGCCGAGCCCCCGGGGCCACCGCCCAACGCCUCCUGCAUGCAGCGGUCCGUCUCCGGGUCGGUCUCGGCCGCCUCGUCCUACCCAGUGUCCUACAACCAGACGGGCGGCUACGGGUCGUACAACCCCGCUCCGUCGGGCCCGUACUUCAGCGGUGUGGACUGUGGCUCCUACUUGGCCCCCAUGCACUCACACCACCCGCACCACCAGCUCAGCCCCAUGACGGCCUCGUCCAUGACCGGUCACCCUCACCACCACAUCGGCCAGUCUUCGGGCCACCACCACCACCAUCAUCACCACCACCAGGCCUACGGAGGCUCCAGCCUGGCGUUCAAUGGCUCAGACUGCCUGGAUUAUAAAGAGCAGACAGCGGCCUCUUCGUGGAAACUCAACUUCAAUGCCAGUGAUUGCUUGGACUACAAAGACCAGGCUUCCUGGAGGUUCCAGGUCUUGUGAGGACUACAAAGACCAGGGACUCGUGGAUGGUUCCAUGUCAUGUGAUUGGUUUAUUUUUUUACUUUAUUUUUUUUUUAAAUUUCCUUUCCAUAUUUUUACCUGUUUGGUUUCCCCUUUUGAUUUAUGAAGAGAAAAAAUUACAAAUAUAUUAACUUUAAAAAAGUAAGUUUGGACAGAGCUGCUAAUUGAUUGGACUAUUUCCUUUUAUUUAAAAAAAAAAAAAAAAAAAAGUCCAUCGUUUUAAGCUAGAGAAUGAGAACAACUUGAGAGAAAGCUGCAGACAUCAUUAAGAUGUCUUUACAUUUGUCAAUAUAAAAAUGUUUGAAGACGCCCUUGGAUGACCUUAUAAACUUUGGACUUGUUUUGCAAAUGUUUCGACCAAACUACAAUGACCACUACAGUCCUUCCUCUCCUGAUGCGCUCCUAAGUCUCUAGAAUGACGAGGAUUACCUACCCAUCCGCGCACUUCCCCGGAACUGGGCACUGGGUGUGCGCACUGCUUACCUCCAAUCAUGAUCCCCAAUCAAAUCGUGUAUAGUUUUUAUUUCUGAAAUGUGUUAUUUUUAGGACGAAAGAGAUUUUAGUCAGCAACUUAAAGGAGCUGAAAUAUGUAUAUAUGUAUUUGGGUCAGUUACAGUGACCCCAUUUAGUUGGUGUUUCUGGAUUUGAAAUUGUUUAAUAAGAACUUUGAAAAGAACUGUAUGUAAAUCUUUGCAAAUAUUCCAAAGAGAACGAAUUGGCCAUUAAGUUCAAUUUUUUUUAUAUACACUGUUUUACUAAUAGAAAAGAAAUGUUUGACAAAUUGAAAUGUCAUGGAAAAACGUCAAGUAAAUUAAAUCCUAAAUAAGAUAUAAAUGCAAAACAUGUUUUGCAUCAGGGGUAAAGAUUUUUCAAAAAAAAAAUAAUAAUAUUUGAAAGCAAAACAUUUCAAACAGACAACUUGGGCAUUUGUCAAUAGUGAUAUUGGACGUAUAAGCUAUUUUAACAGCAGGACUAGACUUAACGCUGGAGUCAAAUCAUUUUGAGAGAAUGUGGAUCUACACUUCUUAAAUGCCUGUGAAAUGUUGAAUGUAUCAAGGCGACCACCCUUACAUACAUAUCCAUCCAAUAAAGACCCGUUAAAUCAUA